AUAUAUAAUUUUGUUUUUGUCUUAUUUAUUUUGACCCACAAAAGCUAUAGAGAAAUGGUCUGUUUAAGCGACUCUGUGGCUGUAAAAACAACAAUAAAUCUUUACAUCCUUCAUAACUACAACUAACACACACACACACACACCUCUUAAUUUUGCUUGUGUUGCUAGUGAGGCUUGAAAUUUCAAUGAAAUGACUACCUGCUUUGAAGAGGUUUCCAUAACUUCACUUGGCCUGUCAGACAUAACCAGCUCUUCGUCCAUUUCUGAUAAAGUCUGUGUGUACUGGGGAUGUGAGCUCAGUUCCAGCCAAACCACAGCCGUGUUUGAGGCGGAAGAUGAUCUUUUGGAGAACCAGUUCUUCAUCAAAACAAUAUGCCUCGGUGCACAGGCAAGUGACGAGAUGCAUGUAGUUGCUGUAUCAGACGGAGUUGGCGAGUCCAAGCCUGUUCCAAUUGCCACCCUGCGUCACUGUAUGCCCAUGGUCAGCUUCCCUGCCUUGGAGCUCAUGCCGCCUGUUACCUUCAGUUUGUGUUCAGGCAAAGGGCCGGUGUUCAUCUCUGCUCAACAUAUUACACGUGAGCAUUUAUUACACUUAAUCCUACGGAAAACACGGAGGAGCAGGAGGAGGAAGGAGGAGGUGGCUUCUUGGUUGACGAUUUGACGGACUGAACCAUCCUGAAUUGUCACCGAUUAACUGUGUGGAUGUAUCUGAACAUGUUUUGUGAUCAAAAUGUACAGCUCGGCUCUGUGGGUUCAAACAUCGAUAUGUGUACGUCAAUGAAUGUGUACUAUGUCUAUGAAUCAGAAAAGCAAGACAAAUGUGAAGGGAAAGAAAUCCACAGACUUGGAGUAUAUUGAGGCAGCAGGGUUGUGGUGUUAUUUGUCUGCCUUUUCUUUUAUAACUAAUCAGAUUCAGUUGAUGAACCCACGGUUAAGUGAGUGUUGAAAUGAAUGAAUGUGACGCAAACUAGAAAAUGAGAAAAGAGCAAAGAUGAUUGCCGUAUUGAAUUCACUGUUGCAUCUGAAGCUAUGUAUACAAGUGGGUUCGGUCAUCUGUCUGACCCUGAACAAUAAUUAUUUGUAUUGUUAGUAGGAUAAUUGUGGUGUGUUUUUCGAAGAAAAUGUGCAGUUAAAUGUCACUUUUAUCACUGAUGCAAAUCAGCCUGGAUGUGAAAUAAAACAUUAACAAUGGCAGCUAAGCUUUUAGAAAAGGUCUGAACACUUGGUAAGCAAUGUUAAUCAAAUAAAAUAAAUGAGGUAUUAAAAUAAUAAUUAGCUUUUAAGGG